GUCCGAGGCGUUAAUAAGACGCCGGUUUGAACUGCGCGAGAGAGAUGCUGUUGGUGUGAAGAAGGCAAAACGGCGGCUGGAAAACACGAUACAAACACGAUAAAAACAUUAAUAAAGUAGUAGUAUUCGUAAAGAAAGUGGUUCGGGUUGUUGUUGGGAGUCCACGGCGGUCGGUUGACAUUUAAUCUGGACUAUGGUUCAGCAGACGGAACAUGGCGGAGCGGGGGUUACCAGCGGGUCCGGCGAGGCAGCCAACCCGGCGGACAGCGACCUGCGGGCGGCCUCGGCGCGCUGCCCCGCACCGCUGAAACCGGACUGGUGUAAGACCGCUUCGGGUCACAUUAAAAGACCCAUGAACGCGUUCAUGGUGUGGUCCAAAGUCGAGAGGAGGAAGAUCAUGGAGCAGUCGCCCGACAUGCACAACGCGGAGAUCUCCAAGCGGCUCGGGAAGCGGUGGAAGAUGCUAAAAGACACCGAAAAGGUCCCGUUCAUCCGGGAGGCGGAGCAGCUCCGGCUGAAGCACAUGGCGGACUACCCGGACUACAAGUACCGGCCCAAGAAGAAGCCCAAGACGGACGGAUGUGCGUUUCCUCCGGGGGGGAAAACAGCCGUCCAGUCGCCGGAGAAACCCGCCGUGAGACCGGUUAUUAAAGCCCACGUAAAGAAGCGGUUCGCCAAGUUGAAGCCGGUGAAGCCGGUGGUGGUCCCGGUCCCGGUCCCGGUCCCGGAGCACGCGGACCCCCGGUACCGGUACGUGUUGACGACCAGCUUCAAACCCAGCAAGCCCGUUAAACUGGAGUUCACCGACGACGAGGAGGACGAGGACGAAGACUCCGAGGCGUACUCGGAGGAGGAGUUUAAAAUUGAGGACGAGCCGUGCCGGUUGAGUCUCGCCGCCAUGGCGACGGGCGGCGAGACGGAGGCCGGACGUCUCUUCUACAGCUUCAAGAACAUCACACGCCAG